CAUGAUUCACAAGUCCCAACAGCUCCAUUCUUCUUUUUUUUCCUUCUUUUUUUUUUUGAGAAAGACACAGCUUCAAUCUCACCCUAAGCUGCUGGAGAAUCAGCUGAAUUCCACCGAUUCAUCACAUUUCUGCUUCAACGUUCAUGGCACCUAUUAAGGGCCUUCUUUCUCUGCAAAGGACUGCAUUAGCUCAGCGUUCUAGUGAAAGAUGGGGUCUAUAUGGUAGGUUAUUUAGCACUCAGGCUGCAUCAACUGCUAGCACUCCCCAGCCUACACCCGCACCCCCACCUCCUGAGAAGACUCACUUUGGUGGCCUCAAAGAUGAGGAUCGUAUUUUCACAAAUCUCUACGGAUUGCAUGACCCUUACCUCAAAGGUGCCAUGAAGCGAGGAGAUUGGUACCGAACAAAUGAUCUUGUCAUCAAGGGUUCUGACUGGAUUGUGAAUGAAAUGAAGAAAUCUGGUCUUCGAGGACGUGGUGGUGCUGGUUUUCCAUCUGGUCUCAAAUGGUCCUUCAUGCCAAAGACAACAGAUGGCCGUCCUUCAUACCUUGUCGUCAAUGCUGAUGAAAGUGAACCUGGAACCUGUAAAGACAGGGAAAUCAUGCGGCAUGACCCACACAAGUUGUUGGAAGGCUGUCUGAUUGCUGGAGUGGGGAUGAGGGCUAGAGCUGCUUAUAUUUAUAUCAGGGGAGAGUAUGUGAAUGAAAGGAAGAGCCUUGAGAAGGCUAGGAAAGAAGCCUAUGAAGCUGGAUUGUUGGGGAAAAAUGCUUGUGGAUCUGGUUAUGAUUUUGACGUAUAUAUUCAUUUUGGUGCCGGUGCCUAUAUUUGUGGUGAAGAGACAGCUCUUCUGGAGAGCCUUGAGGGCAAACAGGGCAAACCAAGACUGAAGCCUCCAUUUCCAGCUAAUUCUGGACUAUAUGGAUGUCCAACAACUGUCACGAAUGUUGAAACAGUAGCUGUUUCACCAACCAUCUUAAGGCGUGGGCCAGAGUGGUUUGCCAGUUUUGGCCGGAAGAAUAAUGCUGGGACAAAGCUGUUUUGCAUCUCAGGCCAUGUAAACAAGCCCUGCACGGUAGAAGAGGAAAUGAGUAUUCCAUUGAAGGAGCUGUUAGAGAGGCACUGUGGCGGUGUUCGUGGAGGAUGGGACAAUUUGCUUGCUGUUAUACCAGGAGGUUCAUCUGUUCCAUUGCUUCCCAAGAACAUAUGUGAGGAUGUGCUAAUGGAUUUUGAUGCACUCAAAGCUGUGCAGUCAGGGUUGGGGACUGCCGCUGUAAUUGUCAUGGACAAGUCAACUGAUGUUGUAGAUGCAAUUGCAAGGCUCUCGUACUUCUAUAAGCACGAGAGCUGUGGUCAAUGUACACCAUGUAGGGAAGGCACAGGGUGGCUUUGGAUGAUCAUGGAAAGAAUGAAGGUUGGUAAUGCAAAGUUGGAAGAGAUUGACAUGCUUCAAGAGGUGACGAAACAGAUUGAAGGGCAUACCAUUUGUGCCUUGGGUGAUGCUGCUGCUUGGCCAGUGCAGGGUCUUAUUAGGCACUUUAGACCAGAGCUAGAAAGAAGGAUCAAGGAGCACGCGGAGAGGGAGCUACAACAAGCGGCUGCUGCUUGAUUUUUUUCAAAGUUUGAUGUUUGAUACCAUGGAAUAAACUUUGAGAAGUACCAGAAGUAUGAAUGUGGGAGGGGGAAAGCAGGAUGCAGAACUUCCCUACAAUCCAGCCUCUUUUUGUUGUCAAACUUGUGUAAAACUAUUUUUACAUUGUUGGCCCAAUGGGUAAUGUAUGUUUCAGAGCUGGUACAUCUAAUGUCUUAAUGUUUCUAUACAUUAUUACUGCCAUGGCUUUGAUAGUUGAAAGAUGCUUAGUAUUUGUCGUUUGCAUUAAUAAAAGCUACACUUUGGCGAUUCCAA